GGAUCAUUAAGGCCUGCAUGGUAGCAGAUUUUCAAGAGUGGCAAAGCAAUCGUGCAGGCAAAAGAAGGAGGACACAAGGAGGGGCCGGGCGCUCAGAGGACCUGGACGAGCUGGAGGAGCGUGUGCGAUCCCUCGUACAGGCCACACGGGUCGCUGAAGGGGCUCAGGUCGGAGUCACUCUCCCUCUACCACCAAAGGACCUCAAGAGGUUAACCGAAGCGUUAUCCUGUGUGAUGUGCAAAGGGCCAGUUCAGAAACCAGUGGUUUCUUCCUGCUGCCAGUCACUGCUGGGCUGCAAGGCAUGCUUGGACAGUUGGUGGGCUGGGAGCAGUGGCUGCCCCAAGUGCAACUCCGAGCAGGGGAGAGAGGGUCGACUUGACCUAAAGGGCCUCGAUGACAUUUUUGCCAUGCUGUUGCCCAUCACAGGAGCAUUAGACAGCUAG